AUGGCGACCUCCAAGAAGGUAGUGACGCGCGACGAGUGGGAGCGCAAGCUCCGCGACGUCAAGAUCCGCAAGGAGGACAUGAACCGCCUCGUCAUGAACUUCCUCGUCACCGAGGGCUUCGUCGACGCCGCCGACAAGUUCCGCGUCGAGUCCGGCACCCAACCGGACAUCGACCUGGCCACCAUCACGGAUCGGAUGGAGGUGAAAAAGGCGGUUCAGUCAGGGAAUGUCCAGGAGGCAAUCGAGAAGAUCAACGAUCUUAACCCCACGAUUCUGGAUACAAAUCCCGAAUUAUACUUCCAUCUCCAGCAGCAAAAAUUAAUAGAGUUGAUUCGUGCGGGGAAGAUAAAUGAAGCUUUGGAGUUUGCUCAAGAAGAACUUGCACCAAGAGGCGAAGAAAAUCAAACCUUUCUGGAGGAAAUAGAGAAAACUGUAGCACUGUUGGUUUUUGAAGAUGUAAAAAAUUGCCCAUAUGGUGAACUGUUGGACGUUUCUCAACGCUUAAAGACGGCAAGUGAAGUUAACGCUGCCAUUCUCACAAGCCAAAGUCACGAGAAAGGUCAGUAG